AUGGCUGAUAGAUAUUCUUUUUCAUUAACUACAUUUUCCCCUAGUGGUAAAUUAGGUCAGAUUGAUUAUGCAUUGACUGCUGUAAAACAAGGUGUUACUUCUUUAGGUAUUAAAGCCACUAAUGGGGUUAUUAUAGCCACCGAGAAGAAAACCUCUUCUUCCUUAGCAUUGACAGAAGAUAUCUCCAAGAUUUCCGCUUUGACUCCAGAUAUUGGUGCUGUUUACUCUGGAAUGGGCCCAGAUUUUAGAGUUUUAGUAGAUAAAUCAAGAAAAGUAGCCCAUACAAACUAUAAAAGAAUUUAUGGUGAAUAUCCUUCAACGAAAUUGUUAGUGUCUGAAAUCGCUAAGGUUAUGCAAGAAGCAACUCAGUCAGGUGGUGUUAGACCAUUCGGUGUUUCUUUGUUGGUAGCUGGCCAUGACGAACAUAAUGGGUUCUCUUUAUAUCAAGUAGAUCCUUCAGGUUCAUAUUUCCCAUGGAAAGCUACUUCCAUAGGGAAAGGUUCAACCGCUGCAAAAACAUUCUUAGAAAAAAGAUGGAAUAAUGAAUUAGAAUUAGAAGAUGCAAUCCAUAUUGCGCUUUUAACGUUGAAAGAAUCUGUAGAAGGUGAAUUCAAUGGUGAUACAAUUGAAAUUGCAGUAGUCGGCGACGAAAAUAAUGAUUUAUUGGGAUACAAAGGUGUCGAAGGUGAAGUAGGUCCUAGAUUUAGAAAACUGUCUCCACAGGAAAUUAAUGAUCGAUUGGCUGCUUUAUAA